AUGUUGCAAAUUCUCGCCAGCGGGGACUUGGUGCUGCUCCGAGACUCGGUGGAAUGGGAGGGCCGGAGCCUACUGAAGGCUCUGAUUCGGGACAUCUCCCUGAAAGGGGAGCAAGUGCAAGUCCUGGGCUGUGAGGUAAGCGAGGAGGUCUUCAGGGAAGGCUUGGACUCCGAUAUCAACCGCCGCCUUGUUUACCAUGAUGUCUUCAGAGACCCCCAGGGCUGGACCGGGAACUGGGGGCCCCUGGGAAUUCUGAAAGCAUGCUUGAGAGGAGCAGAACCCGGUCCCUGCACCCUCGUAGUAGACUCCCUCAGCUGGCUGCUACUCCACGCCCCCUGCAGUGCCCUCUGCCAGGCGCUGAGGGCCCUGGGCCAUGGCAACGCCCAUCCUGGACGGGUCCGUGUGCUUGGCCUGCUGCAUGAAGACGUGCAUGGGCCGGGACCCUUGGGCGCCUUGAGGAGCCUGGCCCAGAUCGAGGUGACCGUGGGAGGGAACCUGGGCUUGACAACUGCACAAGUUCUCCACCCUAAACCCAGACAUCGAUCAAUCGAGCAGACUUACUGGUUCUCUAUCCUGCCCAAUUUCAGCCUGGAGUUCCAUAAGGAACCCCUUUUGGAGCCCCGACCCCACCAUGGAUCCCUGUCACCCACAGUGGAUGCCAUGGCAGAUUUGACCUUUAACAUACACCUGUCCAAGAAGGAGAGAGAGGCCCGGGAUACACUGUCCCUGCCCUUCCACUUCAGUUCAGAAAAGCAACAAUCCUUGCUGCAUCCUGCUCUAGCCUCUUCCACCAGCCAAAUAUUUUAUGAGCCUGAUGCUGAUGACUACCUGGACCAGGAAGAUCCAGACGAUGACUUGGAUAUCUGAUGAUUCUGGAAGGCCUAGCUCUGGCAUUGACCUAGAUUGAGAAGCUGUACUGUAGAGUUACAACUCAACUUGAAGGUUAUGUUCUAAAAUCCGUGUGUAAACCAAAAAGUGAUAUAAUUUGGGUUGCCUUUGAAAAUCAUUUGUCACCCAUUAAAUAUAGUACAGUAUCUUUAAACAGUUGUAGCUGGGAAAGAAGUAGGCUCUCUUCUUUAAAAAGGCAGUCUGAGAAUGGGAGCACAGAUGGCACAGAAGUGAUUAUUGUCGAAAUAAUUGAAUAUAAAUUUUAUUUUUCACUAUGCCCAGCUUAGCUAUUGAUCAGGAGAUGGGUCAGUAACUGGUGUUCUUAAAUGGGGGUGGGGGGAAUUGGAUAAAUAUUUAGCUAGAAAAGAAAAUUGAUGGUUAGCAGAAAAUACUUUUGAAAGGGCUUUGCAUAUAAGUGUGAUUAUAUUAAAAAUGAACUACA